AUGGCCAGUGAGGAUGCAAUAGAGGACUAUAUGAGGGAUCAACCUGCUGAUGACCCCGUCCACACUGAGCAGAGUGACACAGACAAUUCGACUGAUCCAGGCGGGCUGUCUGUGCUGCAACAACUCGGCUUGGACCAGAACUCUGACCUCUCGGACUCCAGUGUGCAGCAACGCCUGGAUGAGUACCGCGAGAGGAUCCGCAGGGAUAUCCGUAAGGAGCUGAAGAUCAAGGAGGGAGCGGAGAAUCUACGAAGGGCCACAACAGACAGGAGAAAUGCCCAACAGGUUGACUCGCAGCUCCGCAGUUCUAAACGCAAGCUGGAGUGUCUCCAUGCUCAACUACAGGAGCUGGAUGCACUCAUUGUGGUCAAGGGACACAAUGAGAAUAAAGAUGCUGCAACAUCACCAGGCUCGGUCAGUCGACCAUCUGCCAACCAACACCGCAUUGCUGCCUUGGAGCGGCAGCUUAACAUUGAAUUAAAGGUUAAACAGGGUGCCGAAAAUAUGAUUCCCAUUUAUGCCAAUGGCGCUACCAAGGACAAAAAGCUUCUCCAGACAGCUCAACAGAUGCUGCAGGACAGCAAGACCAAGAUCGACAUCAUCCGCAUGCAGAUCCGAAAGGCCAUGCAGGCCACGGAACAGUCUGAGGACAGCCAAUGCAAAGCUGACAUGUGUGGGGUUGAGCUGCGUGUUGAGGAGCUGUGGCAUCAUUACCGUGUGGAGCAUGCCAUGGCUGAAGGAGCAAAGAAUAUGCUGCGACUACUUGGUGCGGGAAAAGUCCAAGACAAAAAGGCUAUGGCGGAGGCACAAUGCGGUCUGAGUGAGUCAUCCCAGCGUCUGGACCUGCUCAGAUGCUCUCUGGAGCAGCGGCUACUGGAGCUCCCAGAGGACCACCCAAAGGCUUGUCUCAUCAAGGAGGAGCUGGCUUUGGCUUCCUCCUCAGCUUUCAGCUCUCGUCAUAGCACAUCCUAUGUUCACAACCAGUACAGCACCCUAAGUAAACCAUCACCUCUAACAGGAACUCUUCAAGUUCAUCUUCUGGGAUGUGUAGGGCUACCGGAGGUUGUCCCAGGCAGGACCCGAGGGACACCCGUGGUUCUUCCUGCUUACUCUACAGGAGAUGGACGUUCUUCAUUUAAAUUGAGUGGCCUCUACAGCCGCAGCACGAGUAGCAUGAGCCUUAAGAUCCCUGGCAAGAAUGAUGAACUGUCUCUGGAAGUGAGUGCAGUACUGAAGCUGGAGAACACAGUGGUAGGUCAGACCGCCUGGAGAACAUUUGGAGAUCAGACGUGGGAUCAAAGCUUCACGGUGGAGCUGGAGAGGUCUAGGGAGUUGGAGAUUGGGGUGUACUGGAGAGAUUACCGCUCCCUGUGUGCGCUGAAAUAUUUGAAGCUGGAAGAGUUUUUGGAUAACCAAAGACACAGAGUCAAGCUAGAGCUGGAACCACAGGGCCUGCUGCUGGCAGAGGUCACCUUUUUCAACCCAGUAAUAGAGAGAGGACGCAGACUGCAGAGACAAAAGAAUGUCUUUUCUAAACAGCAAGGUAAAGCGUUCUUGCGUGCCCGCCAGAUGAACGUGGAUAUCAGUACGUGGGUUCGACUCCUGCGGAAUGCCAUCCCCAGUGGAAGCAAUCCACCUGCAUUCACACCUGGUUUCUCAAGCAACACACUCACACAUGGCACUGGAGAAAUCUCUGUAGAAAAACUAACUCUGGACACAGAAUCCGCCCUCAAAGCUGAGGUCAGUGACUUUACCACUGUGCAGACGGUGGUAAUCGAGCCCCCUUCCAUGCCGGAUGUUCCUGUUCCUGACCCCCCGACCAGAUCACAUUCAAGGGACUCCUUGCGCAGACCAAGCAGAGGACAUGUUUGCCUGCAGGAUUUCAAGCUGAUGGCCGUUCUCGGCAGGGGGCACUUUGGCAAGGUGUUAUUGUCAGAAUACAAGCGAACAGGCAGCCUGUAUGCUAUCAAAGCCCUGAAGAAAGGAGACAUAGUCACGCGGGAUGAAGUGGAAAGUCUGAUGUGCGAGAAGCGAAUCUUUGAGACCGUCAACAGCUCUCAUCACCCGUUCCUGGUCAACCUGUUUGCAUGUUUCCAGACACCAGAACAUGUGUGUUUCGUCAUGGAGUACUCAGCAGGAGGGGACCUCAUGAUGCACAUUCAUGCAGAUGUCUUUUCAGAACCACGUGCUGUGUUCUACUCUGCUUGUGUGGUCUUGGGUCUGCAGUUCCUUCAUGACCAUAAGAUUGUUUAUCGAGAUCUGAAGUUGGAUAACCUGCUGCUGGAUUUAAAUGGUUUUGCCAAAAUAGCAGACUUCGGUCUUUGUAAAGAAGGCAUGGGAUACGGGGACAGGACCAGCACCUUUUGUGGGACACCUGAGUUUUUGGCGCCAGAAGUACUAACAGACACAUCGUACACAAGAGCAGUCGACUGGUGGGGGCUGGGGGUGCUGGUGUAUGAGAUGUUGGUCGGAGAGUCUCCUUUCCCUGGUGAUGAUGAAGAAGAGGUUUUUGACAGCAUAGUGAAUGAUGAAGUUCGCUACCCGCGCUUCCUCUCAACUGAGGCCAUCGGUAUUAUGAGACGGCUGUUGCGAAGAAAUCCUGAGAAGCGACUGGGCUCUGGAGAAAAAGAUGCUGAGGAUGUCAAAAAACAGCCUUUCUUCAAAGAUAUUGAUUGGGAGGCUCUUCUCCAACGCAAAGUGUCACCUCCUUUUGUCCCGAGCAUCACCGGAAAAGAAGACGUCAGCAACUUCGAUGUGGAGUUUACAGCCGAGGCUCCAACCCUCACACCGCCCCGCGAGCGACGCACCCUAUCCCGCAGGGAACAGGACUAUUUCAAGGAUUUUGACUACGUUUCUGACCUGUGCUAA